CUAAAUUGACUAGAUAGAGCAAAAAUCGCCAUCGGAGAAGAAGCCAAAGCCUGGGCUCGGCUGCACCUCUGCUCGGGAAAUCCUAAACGGGUCAAGAGAGAAUGGACGAGAGUCAUGAUAAGAGCAAUUCCAACGAUUCGAUCGAUGAACCCAUCAAGGGACGUCCAAUUCGGGUAUAUGCAGAUGGCAUAUACGAUUUGUUCCAUUUUGGACAUGCCCGUGCUCUUGAACAAGCUAAGAAACUGUUUCCAAAUACCUAUCUGCUAGUGGGAUGCUGCAAUGAUGAAACUACUCACAUGUACAAAGGCAAGACAGUCAUGACGGAUCAGGAGCGAUAUGAAUCUCUUCGUCACUGCAAGUGGGUAGAUGAAGUUAUUCCAGAUGCACCUUGGGUGCUCUCACAAGAGUUCAUUGAUAAACAUUACAUUGACUUUGUCGCUCAUGACUCUCUUCCCUAUGCUGAUACAAGUGGUGCUGGAAAAGAUGUUUAUGAGUUUGUUAAGUCCAUUGGAAAAUUUAAGGAGACCAAACGGACAGAAGGAAUCUCAACAUCAGACAUAAUAAUGAGUAUUGUCAAAGAUUACAACCAAUAUGUGUUACGCAACUUGGAUCGAGGAUACAGCAGAAAGGAACUCGGUGUUAGCUAUGUCAAGGAAAAAAGGCUGAGAGUAAACAGAGGUCUGAAGAAGUUGCAUGAGAAUGUGAAGAAACAGCAGGAAAAAGUGGAGGAAAAGAUUCAAUCGGUUAAGAAGUACCGCAAUAUUUGGGUGGAGAAUGCUGAUCGUAUGGUUGCUGGUUUUCUCGAAAUAUUUGAGGAAGGCUGUCAUAAAAUGGGAACCGCCAUAAGGGACAGAAUACAAGAAAGUUUACUGACCAAGGGGAAUGCAGAUGAUGAUGACGACGAAGAUGAUGAAGAAGAUGAAGACGAAGACGACGAUGAAGGUGAAUAUGAUGACAGCACUGACAAUGAGCAUUAUGAUUUUGGAAAGUGGGAAAAAUAAAAAGAUCUAAUUGUUUAGACUUUUGUUUUAACUUUUGUUCUACAUUUUUUUAUUUUGUACACAAAAAUGCUAUAUAAUGUGUUGUCUAUCUUGUUUGAUGGAUGAAUAUUAGCUUAAUUUGUUUAUAGUAAUGAUGAUCUGAGUUUUGUC